AUGGCAGAAACAGACCCCAGCCUCCUCGCGCAGUUCCUCGGGCGCGCGGCUUACGAAUUCUCCAACAUCCAGCCCAUGCUACCCACCUACAUCCACCUAAUCGCCUCAGCGCUCUUCCCCAUAUACGCAGGCGCCCAUGCCUCGCUCUCUCGACCGUCGUCUGCCGCGAAGCCCACCAAGCAGAAGCGCAAGGCCGAGGAUGACGACUCUACAGACGAUGAGGAAGACGAGGAGGAACAACGCAUCAUGGAAGGCCUAUCACCCACAGACGCCAUCCUCAUGCCUCUUUUCGCAGGGAUGGCUCUCGCAUCGCUGUACUUCCUCCUCAAAUGGAUGAAGGACCCCGCGCUGCUGAACAAGAUCCUCAAUGCCUACUUCGCCAUCUUCGGCGUCUUCUCCGUCUCGCGGCUCGUCACGGACGUUCUUGACAUUGGGCACUCGAUUAUAUACCCCCGGCGACAUGUCGUGGGCGGUGCGCUUUAUCACGUCAACGGUACAGAAGAGAAGGCAGUGCCGGUAGCAGGCAACAUCAAGGACAAGCAGCCUAUUGUGUCACCUCUGCCGGGCUUCUUGGCUAGGAUAUCUCUGCCCGACCGUGCAAGGAAAAUGCUGUGGGCCGAUCGCGCGAUGCCUGGGAACAAGUGGACGUUGAGGCUGUAUCUACAUCGCAUGUUCGCUGGCAGGUUCAAGGUGGGGCCACACGGUAUUGUUGGUGUCCUGGCUGGCUUGACUACCGUGGCAUACUUCAACUUGGUCGAUAAGCCAUGGUAUCUGACGAACCUGCUGGGCUUUGGGUUCUCAUAUGGUGCCCUGCAGCUCAUGUCGCCAACGACAUUUGGCACGGGUAGUCUCAUCUUGUGCGCGCUGUUCUUCUACGACAUUUACUUUGUUUUCUUCACACCCAUGAUGGUAACCGUAGCCAAAUCCCUCGACGUCCCUAUCAAGCUCAUGUUCCCUCGCCCCGGAAUGACCGACGAUCCCAACGCAGCCCCAUCCCACGCAAUGCUCGGCUUGGGCGACGUCGUACUGCCUGGCAUCAUGAUUGGCCUUGCCCUCCGCUUCGAUCUAUACCUCUUCUACCUCCGCCGACAGGAACGCAUCCCCGCAGCCGCUACGGGCGAGGAAGAUGACGUGAAAAAGCCAAAGUACUUCUCCCUCGCAGGCCGCUGGACUGACCAUUUCUGGACACACUCGCUCACCGGCCGGCCGCUCUGGGUCUCCUCCAAGAGCCAAGAGAGCAAACCCGAGGCCCCGUUUACCUUCCCCAAGACAUACUUCAAGGCCAGUCUUGUGGGCUAUGUCGCCGGCCUGCUGGCUACACUCGGUGUGAUGAUGAUCUGGAACCACGCACAGCCCGCACUGCUCUACCUUGUUCCAGGGGUCCUCGGUAGUCUGUGGCUCACAGCCCUGGUUCGUGGCGAAGUAAACUUGAUGUGGAGCUACACGGAAGAAAUUGCAGACAGCGAAGAGAGCAAGAAGAACGCCGACGAUGAAAAGAACGAAAAUCAUAGCACGAAGGAAGUGGCGAAGAAGACGGAAACACAGAGCGACAUUCGGGCGAAUGGCACUACUACCACCGAGCUGGCAUCAGCAGCUGACAGCGAUGCGGACGACGAACAAGCUCAGCAUGUCAAGCGCGUAGCGAGCCACCGACCUGAGCGUGAGGUCUUUUCCUUUUCUAUCGAAGCACCGUGGCCGUUGAAGAAGCCGCGUUCCGUGCGGAAAGAGUCCGGUGAUGGCAAGGGCAAGAAGCAGGUCGAUGGCGAGCAGCACAAUUGGGUGCCGUCGAAGAACGCUACCCUUAGCCUGAACCCGGAUGCUGAGCCUGCGGAGAAGCGUGUUAGGUUGAAGUAG